AUCCAUGCAGAUUGAUUCAUUUCCCUUCACUUUACUCAUCCUCAACCAACUCCACACCGCCCAUCUGGAUGGGUGUGGCUGUACAGUGUCAAAUUACACUCAAAUUACAGACCUGCCUAACAGGCCCCACUCUCACUCCCUCUGCACCUUCAUUGGUUGAGAACCAACUGCUUUAUUUAACCAGCCUGUUUCCUGUAGGCAACUUCUUUGUCAAAGAGGAAAUGACAUCACAGCACCAAAACACUGAAAACAGAUGAGGACCAAACCUCUUUUUGACUUCGAGCAACACACAGUUCGGCCUCUGUUACAGAAACCCAUGAGGCAAAACAAUCUGCCCAUUAAACAGCUUUUGGAACAGAGCGGUGAAGUAUGUCUGCUGGAGACAAAGAGACUCCGCGAGACACCACAGGUCAAAGUGGAACUGCGUUUUUUUUCUCGAACCCUCUGAUGAGUGAUUUUGAAUCUGACUGGUCCCCGAUUCACGAUGCUGCCUUUAAUGGACGUGUCCUUGCUCUGCAGAGACUCAUUGCUCAGGGUACAUGUGUAAAUCUGAACACUCUGAACCAGGUCUCUCCUCUCCAUGGAGCAUGUUUACAAGGCCACGUGGCUUGCGCCAAGCUUCUGGUGGAAAAUGGGGCAAAAGUAAACAAUUCGACGGUGGAUGGACAAACGGCCCUGUCAGAAGCAUGCGCCCGGGGCCAUGUGACCUGCGUAUCGCUGCUCCUUCAACAAGGUGCGACUCCCCUAGGGACCAGCCACACCAGCUCUCCAAUCCACAGGGCUGCAGCCAAAGGUCAUACAGAGUGCAUCGAGCUUCUUGUCCAGCACGGUGCCGCUGUGGAUCAGUAUAUUGACCAAUCAGGUUUCCCUCUCCACGUCGCCUGCUCCAAUCAGCAUCUGAGUUCUGUGUGUAAACUGCUUCAACUUGGUGCCAGUGUGAACAGCCGUGUAUCUGGUGACUCGCCGCUGCACAUCGCUGCCCGUCUGUCCAGUCCUGAGAUGGUGUCAGUCCUGCUUCAACACGGGGCCGAUCGCUCACUCAGGAAUUCAGAGGGCAAACAGCCACUGGAGCUCGCACCUCCCAACAGCCCAGUGGAGAGGCUGUUGAGACAAGCAGGAGAAGUGUCUCCUCUAAUGCAGCUGUGCCGGCUGUACAUCAGGAAAACUUUGGGCAAGCAGAGACUGGGUGCGAUUCACAACCUUCACCUUCCCACAGAAGUGAAACAGUAUCUUCUCUAUCAAAUCAGACCCAGUGGGAGAUCCGAUGCACUAAAUAACAAUGUUAGAUUCUGAGUCCUUAACUUUUAGGUCAGUAGGGGGUGCAGUUGCAUAAUCUUGCAGUCAGAAGACUACAUCAUAGCUCAUGGUCAUGGUAGUAAUUAACUAUAUUUCUGCUUUCUGUGACAGACCUCUGUAAACAAAAUUUCAAAAUUCUCAAGAUCAAUCAGGACUUUUGUUAAGACUUUUUAUCAUUAAGUAUUCAUAAAUAUAAAAUACACAUUUAAAAUGAGAAUAUGGGCUUAUAAGGUCUAAUAAUUGUUGCAUAACUAAUAAGCUGAAACAAUAUUCUUUAGAUUACACAAGCCUCCACAUUCAGCUAAUAUUGUAGUUUUUAUUUGAAACUAAAGUUUCUGUUUUUGAUGCUGCUGUAUUGAUUUUUCCUUUAGACUUAUAGUAGAUUGAACUUACUCUAACAUGAAAUCUUGUUCGUGUCUGGUACAUGCCGUCCCUAUAGAGUUCCUGGAAAUAGUUUAGUGUUUUUAGUCCUUGCAGGGUACAUAGCAACAUUUUUCCAACAGCAAACAUUUAAAAACGAAGCUGAACACAUCAAUAGAGAGAUUGGAUUACACAAAUAUAUAUUUUUGUACUGCAAUAAAUAAUACAAACAAAGAACAUUU